CACUUACCCUCCUCCCCACCUAGUUUGAUCUUGUCAUGUACACAGCACGUAUUUCCUUCUCAAGCCCAGUUUCUCAUAGAGCACAGACCUUGACACCCCUCAGCUGCAGAGAUGAAUAAUCAAACAGUAACUUACUCAGAACUGAAUCUGGCCAAGAAGCCAAAAAGGCAGCAAAUCAAACCUAAGGACGGUGAUAGCUCCUUUUCAGUCACUGAGCGGGAAAUGACUUCUGUGGAAUUAAACUUUCAUAAUGCUUCUCAAGAUCUUCAAAAGAAGGACACGAAUCCUCACUGCAAAGGGAAGCUCAUUGCUGGGACCCUGGGACUCAUCUGCCUUGUCUUGAUGGCCGGUGUAAUAACCAUGACAAUCAAAGUUAUUACUCCUUCUAGUGUAAAACCGGAACAGAACAAUUCUUCUCCAAUAACAAGAACUGAGAAAGGGGAUCACUGUGGUCGUUGUCCAAAGGCCUGGUUUAUGUAUUCCAACAACUGUUAUUACAUUAGUACUGAAAGAAAAUCAUGGAAUGAGAGUCAGUUGGAAUGUGCCUCUAAGAAAUCUAAUCUGCUUUACAUAGAUAAUGAAGAAGAAAAGAAUGUCAUUAGCUCUUUCAGUGUUUUAACAUGGAUUGGAUUUAAUGGCAGUUCAACUUUCUCCUCCAAAGUGUUUUCAGUAUCUCCAAAGAGGGACCAGAAUUGCAGAAGUUUUCCUUUUAAGUAUAGCGUGUUUUAUUCUAGACACUGCCCUGGAGAAAAAACAUAUGUUUGUAAGCACCAGGCAUGACAGCUUCCCUAAGUUCGGUAUAGUGCUACUCCCCAUCUAUGAACGCAUAUUUCUAGUUUCUUCAAAAGCCAUACUUUUUUUAAGUACAUACAGUUAUUUUACAUUUUUAAUUUACAUUAGUUUAAAAAUAUAUGUAUAAUCAGAAAUUUGUCAUUUCAACAUUUUUACACAUAGAAUGUAGUGACCUUAGUUACCUCCAUCAUGUUGUGUAUCCAUCACCACUGUCCAUCUCUGCAUUUUCCCAUCACCCUUAACAGAAGCUCAGUGUCUCCUAGCAAUGACUCCCCCUUUCUCCUUCCCUUCUGCCUUUAUCACUGCUAAUAAAUUUUGGUCUUUAUACAUUUGCCUCAUCCAGAUAUUUCAUAGAAGUA